CUUUAGGGAGUGGUUGCACUUGGCCAAUUCCUAGGGUGACAGUAGAGUCGAGUCAAGCUCGUGCUUGAGUUCUACACUACCUUCAAGCACGCAGACACGGAGGAUUGGAAGGACGGUGAAGCCGUCAAAUUCAGGCUCGGCGGUGAACCACGAUCCAUGAGCUACGACGAGCUGGCGAUCGCCCUCGGCCUCAACCUGGUCGAUGACAGGGACUACAUCACCGAGAGCAUCGAGACAGCGGGGGUGGACUUCGGGACACUGUACACCCGCCUCGCUCGGCCAGGUAAGCUUCCCUUCAAGGCGGGGAAGACGAAGGCCAGCACAUUGCAGCUCGACAACCGCAUCCUCCAUCACAUGCUGGCCAAGUACCAGACCCGGAUGGCUGUGUAUGAUGAGCGCCUUGAUAGGAUGGAGACCCAGCAGGGGGUGACCUUGGCGCGCAUCGAGAGAGAGCAGGCCCGAUCUAGGCGCAUGCAGGAGGUCCAGCAGCAUCUGCUCCAGCUGCUACCAGGCGAGCAGCCAGUCUGGAGGACUCCCUGGGAGGACUCUCCACUUCCACCUCCACCAGCUGAUGAUGAUGAUGCAUUUAUGAAUGACAUCGAUUUGGACAACCUUGGCGACGAGUAGGCUGUACUUGUCGCCCCUCAGUGUGUGUUUUUGUUUUAGACUUUUUCUGUUUGCUCCAUGUGUUUGAGGAGCUUGAACUGAGUUUGUCGUGUGUUUUGUUUCUUUUCUUUUGUGGAUUGUUUCUUUCGUGGCCAUCUGGGCCAACUCUAAUCCCUAACGAAUGUGUGCUAGUGUGUUCUUGAUGUUCCCUUAGCAUUUCAAUCCGGUAACAUUUCAAUCCGGUAACAUCGUUCCCCUUCUCUAUCCCUCUGCUCCAUUGAGGGCAAUGUCGUGCUUAAGUGUGUGUGUGUGUGGGGGGGGGGGGGGGGGUGCUUUGUAUCGGUUGGAAUUUAUAUUCAUGUGCUUGGAGCCUAGUCCACUGUCCAAAUCUCGAGAUUUGAGGGCUCCAAGUACGGCUGUUUGAUCAUAUUGGCGCUGUGUUUUGAUUGCUGAAUUGAAUGGUUUUCGGAUUAAUGCAUGACAACUGGAUGGUGACUAGGACAACCUAUAAUGAUGACUGAGACGUGCAGUAGAAUUGUGUAGGGUUCAGUUUUUCAACUGUUUGCUUACCAAUUGUGACUUGGAUUGAUUACUUGUUUUUGACAGUCUCUUAUGCAUCUAGUUCAGGGAAUCAGAAUGAGAGAUAGAGCAUAUAGGUAGCCAUGUGAGAUUUGAGCCUGCUCGUUUCUUUCUUGUGCGAUAGUUCCCUCUUCCAUGAUGUGUAGCAUUCACGUUGUCAUUAGCUAAGAUGAUGGAGGCAUAGGAUUAGCCCAUGACCAAAUUGACUGUCCUGGUGUGUCAUACCCCCUAGUCAGCCCCUUUGAGCCGUGUGUUAUCCUUUCUUUCGGUCUUCAAUGAAAAGUCACCCUUUUG